CGUCAGCCACAUUCUGAAAUAUUUCUCAUUAGCGGUCUUAUAAGAAAGCCGUGACUUGGGGACUUAGAAAUCCUGUCUCUGGCCCGUACAUAUUCUUCCUUUCCUUUCGACGGUCAUCUUUACGACUGUCAUGGACACCCCAUGGACGAAGACUCCUCAGCAAAUACUAGAGCACUAUCGUGUAGACCCAGUUCGUGGUCUUACCGCCGACCAAGCUGCGAAACAUGCUGAACUGUAUGGAAAAAACGAGUUACCUGAAGAACCUGCAACGCCAUUAUGGCAGUUGAUCCUUGACCAGUUCAAGGACCAACUUGUUCUCAUUUUACUCGCUUCUGCUGUAAUAUCUUUUAUCUUGGCCUUGGUGGACGAUUCAGAGAAUACCACCCUGUUUGGAGCUUUCGUUGAACCUGCUGUUAUCUUACUUAUCCUUGUCGCAAAUGCUACUGUCGGAGUCGUACAGGAAACGAACGCUGAGAAAGCUAUCGACGCUUUGAAGGAAUAUUCCCCCGACGAAGCGAAAGUACUUCGCUCUGGCCAAAUAGCGCGCAUACAUGCAUCGGAGCUUGUCCCUGGAGACAUCAUUUCUGUCGCAGUUGGCGAUAAGAUUCCUGCAGACUGUAGAAUUAUAUCAAUUACUUCAAGUAGUUUUAGGAUUGAUCAGGCCAUUCUCACGGGUGAAAGUGUCAGUGUCAACAAAUCCAUUGACGUUAUCGAGGAUCUCAAAGCUGUUAAGCAAGACAUGACCAACAUGCUCUUCUCUGGAACAAGUGUAGUUAAUGGUAAUGCACGAGCAGUUGUAGCUUUUACUGGUACAAGUACCGCUAUAGGACACAUCCACCACUCCAUCUCUUCUCAGAUUAGCGAAAAAACUCCAUUGAAGCGCAAACUCGACGACUUUGGCGACAUGCUUGCGAAGGUUAUUACGGUCAUUUGCAUUCUUGUUUGGCUAGUCAACUUCCGACACUUCUGGGAUCCAGCACACCACGGAGCGCUGAAAGGUGCCAUCUAUUAUUUCAAGAUCGCCGUGGCUUUGGCUGUCGCUGCUAUUCCAGAGGGACUUGCCGCCGUCAUAACUGCUUGUCUCGCCCUUGGUACCAAAAAAAUGGCACAGAAGAACGCUAUCGUCAGAAACUUGCCCAGUGUUGAGACUCUCGGGUGUACCAACGUUAUCUGUUCUGACAAGACUGGCACACUCACUACCAACCAAAUGAGCGUCUCCAAGUUCCUUAUCAUCGACUCCAAGUCUGGGUCUCCUCGAGAGUAUGAUGUAGAGGGUACUACAUACUCACCGUAUGGGUUGGUCAAGUCUGCUGGUGGCAAAAACGCCUCUGCUGAACUUAGCGCAGACCCAAUACGACGACUUGCCGAGAUUGGCGCUCUAUGUAACGAUGCUAAGAUUGUGUACCACUCGGACAAACAAUCAUACGCUAAUGUCGGUGAACCAACAGAAGCUGCUUUGAAGGUAUUGACAGAAAAGAUUGGCUGCUCUGAUCCAAAUAUUACGAAGACUCUUCCUACCCUCUCAGCUGCUGACCGCGUUAGCGCAGUCAACGACUUUUACGAGCGCACCAUCCCUCGUUUGAUCACAUUGGAAUUUUCUCGUGAUCGCAAAAUGAUGUCCGUCGUCGUCAGGCUGAACGGUGUGGGUGCUCUGUUCGUCAAGGGCGCACCAGAAUCCGUCCUGGAGAAAUGCACGUCUGUUAUGGUCCACGGCAAAGUUAUACCCUUGACUGCUGCACUUCGUUCGCAACUUUUGGAACGCACGGUCUCUUACGGCAAAAAUGGCCUCCGGACACUUGCACUUGCUUACGUUGACGUGCAGGAUAUCGAUGCUACUCACUACAAGAGCCAAAGCACCCAAGACUACUCUCGCUUUGAGCAGAACUUGACAUUCGUCUCGCUCGUUGGCAUGCUCGACCCUCCUCGUCCUGAGGUGCGUCAAGCUGUUGCGAACUGUAGGGCUGCUGGUAUCCGCGUCGUGUGCAUCACUGGUGACAACAAAGGUACCGCUGAGACGAUCUGCAGGCAGAUUGGCAUUUUUGGUGAGAAUGAGGAUUUGACUGGUAAAAGUUAUACGGGUAGAGAGCUCGACGAGCUUUCUCACGAAGAGAAGGUGAAGGCUGUUCAGCGCGCUAGUUUGUUCACUCGCACAGAGCCUGCACACAAGAGUCAGCUCGUUGAUCUUUUGCAAGGUCUGGGUCUAGUUGUUGCCAUGACUGGAGAUGGUGUUAACGAUGCACCGGCACUCAAGAAGGCUGACAUUGGUGUAGCCAUGGGCAGUGGUACUGACGUUGCAAAACUGGCUGCUGAUAUGGUUCUUGCGGAUUCUAACUUUGCAACGAUAGAGAAGGCAGUAGAAGAAGGUAGACUAAUUUAUAACAACACGAAACAGUUUAUUCGAUACCUUAUUUCAUCCAACAUUGGUGAGGUUGUCAGCAUCUUCCUGACUGUCCUACUGGGGAUGCCUGAAGCCUUGAUUCCUGUACAACUUCUAUGGGUGAACUUAGUGACAGACAGUCUGCCGGCAACCGCGCUUGGAUUUAAUCCCCCUGACCAUUCCAUCAUGCGCAUGCCUCCUCGUAAUAGCAAGGAGCCUCUCGUUGGCAAAUGGUUGUUCUUCCGUUACAUGGUCGUUGGUAUCUACGUGGGGUGUGCAACGGUGUUUGGAUAUGCAUGGUGGUUCGUGUACUACUCAGGAGGCCCACAGAUCUCCUUCCACCAACUCACUCACUUCCAUCAAUGCGCCUCCGCUUUCCCAGAAAUUGGGUGUGAGAUGUUCACCAAUGCGAUGUCUCAUCGUGCAACGACGAUGAGUCUGUCGAUCCUUGUGACAGUGGAGAUGUUCAACGCCAUGAACUCGCUCUCCGAAAACGAAAGUCUUCUAAGACUCCCGGUGUGGAAGAAUCCUUUCUUGGUUGCGGCUAUCGCACUCAGUAUGGCUCUUCACUUUGCCAUCCUAUAUAUUCCUUUCUUCACGACUUUGUUUGCGAUUACGCCGCUGAACUGGGUGGAGUGGAAGGCUGUAUUGUAUCUCAGCGCACCUGUCCUUGUUAUUGAUGAGGUGCUGAAGUUUGUAACGGCGACAUUUGUUGAUCCGCCAACGAGGGUGAAAGUUGUGUCAUGAUUCAGAUAGAGUAAGAAUAUACCAGAGAAAGUAAUCUGCAGAAUGCAUAAUAAAAAUUGAGAUGUCUGAAAGACGU